UGACAGGACAGUAUAAUUUUUUUAGUGUUAUUGUACUGAAACAAAAAUCAUAAUAUUUUACAAAACUACCAAUAAGUAUUAAUUUUGGAAUCAAAAUGUUAAAACCGAAAGCUUUGACGCAAGUAUUGAGCCAAGCAAAUACUGGCGGAGUGGAAAAUACGUUAUUACUUAAUCAUCAAGGGGCGCUGUUGGCAUAUUCUGGAUACAACGAUAAAGACGCAAGAGUUACUGCAGCUAUUGCGAGUAAUGUAUGGUCUGCAUACGAGAAAAAUGGCAGAAAUGUUUUUAAGGAAGACAAAUUACAUUUAAUAUUAGUAGAUUGUUUAAAUGGUAAAAUAGCAGUUACCCAAGUAGCUAAUUUGCUGUUGUGUUUAUAUGCAAAAGAAACUGUGGGGUUUGGAAUACUCAAAGAAAAAAUAAAUGCUAUUGCCCAAUACUUAGAAGGUCCAUUGAAGCAGGUGGCUAGUUCAUAAUAUAUUGUAUUAUUUAUGUUAUUUGAAAUCUAAAUAAAUUUGAUGUUUCAAAACA